GCAGAAUAACUUUCUCAACGUUUUCUCACCGUUUCUCAGCAUCAAAACAAGAUCCUUCAUUUAAUCACCACAUUCUCCUGAAAUUUUUUGCGAGCUAUGAGUUACAGAAGAGAUGGUCGCUCCUCCAGAUCAUCACUUGUAGAUGGUUUUGAUAGUCUGGAGGAAGGUGGUCUAAGGGCUUCUUCUUCUUACUCACGAGAAAUUAAUGAGCAUGAUAAUGAAAAGGCCAUAGAGAGUUUGCAUGACAGAGUAUCUUUUCUGAAACAAUUAACAGGUGAUAUACAUGAGGAGGUAGAGAGUCAUAAUCAGUUGCUUGAUCGGGUGGGUAACAAAAUGGAUGGAUCAAGGGGUAUGAUGUUGGGAACCAUGGACCGAUUCAAGAAGGUUUUUGAGAAGAAAUCGACACGGAAAACAUGCUCACUUGCAGCUUAUUUCACUUUUGCCUUCAUAUUCAUAUACUAUCUUAUUAGGAUGCUUGGAUAUUUUACACUUGGGUAAAUCAAAUUUUGUUGAAGCUCAUCUAUUUUGUUACACCGUGGAUGAUGGAUGUUCAGAAGUAAAAUCGUGUGGUCCUCUGCUGUAAAAUGUUCGAACGAUUCCAUUUGGUUAGGAGAUGGUAUGAUGUUCACCUGUGAUCACAGAACCUUAUUGCACAUAUGAAGCUUAAACGAAAGUCUAUUGCAU